UGAUAGUCUUGAUGAUGAUUUCAAUUCUUUUGGUAAUAAUGAUAAUGGUUCUUCAGAUUGCUCUUUCAAUGAUAUUUCUGAAAAUAAUAAAUGUAUUAAUUUUGAGUUUUUAAGUGAAGAAGAAUUAAAAGGACCUGAUCUAGUAUGGAAAAAUGAUAAUGGAUUAGAAAAAACAAAGCGAGGGCCAUAUAAGAUAGGCAAGACACCAAAGUCAACCUAUUAUGAUAAAUAUGGACCAAAUGACUUAUUUACUAAAGCUACAGAUUCACAAUCAUCUGAAUCCAUCGAAAUAGAUGCUUCAAGUGAUUCUAAAAGUGAAAUUAUUAAUCAAUAUACCUAUUGA